UUUUUUUUUUUUUAUGUGUGCAUCUCAAUUAUCUGAUCCCGUUGUGACUGGGAGGUGCUCAGGGGUGGAGCUCCAGUGAGGGGCACGAAUCUACAGGCUGCAGCCUCUCAAACAUGAGCAAACUGUCUUUCCACAAUAACAAGACGAUGCAGGACCGCCGGUGUGUGUGUGUGUCUCCGAAUGAUGAAACACUCAAUGUAAUAGUCAGUGUUAAGACUGUGUGUCAGGAGUUGUUGGUGCAGGUCUGUGAUCUGCUUAGAUUGAAGGACUGUCAUCUGUUUGGCCUCAGUGUUAUUCAGAAUAAUGAACAUAUAUAUAUGGAACUGGGACAGAAACUGUCAAAAUAUUGUCCAAAAGAGUGGAAACGGGAAGCCAGCAAGGGAAUUGACCAGUUUGGACCUCCAAUGAUUGUUCACUUCAGAGCACAGUAUUAUGUUGAAAAUGGAAGACUUAUCAGCGAUCGCAUGGCACGGUAUUAUUACUACUGGCAAUUGCGGAAGCAGGUACUGCAGUCUCAGUGCAUCCAGAGAGAAGAGGCUUAUUUCCUUCUGGCUGCAUUUGCGCUGCAGGCUGACCUGGGAAACUUCAAACGGAACAAACACUUUGGUGCCUAUUUUCAGCCAGAAGCUUAUUUCCCCUCCUGGGUAAGUCUGCACAGCACCCCAUUAAACUACUUCCUGAUGAAUCAUUAUGCUGAUCAAGCUUGUUAAACGUGUGUUUGCGCCGACCGCCCUCUGUGUGUGGUUUAUGGGCUGCACUGUGUUGUCCCUAAAUAUUCAGCAACAUUGAAUAGAGCUUUUUGUAAAGACGACAACAAAAACAACAACAAAAAAUGUUUUAUUUAUCAGUGCAUGUAGGGGAUUGAUGUUAAAAAUAGUUGAACGCUUUUAGACAGAAUCUUUGGUGCGUUAGCUUCAGGCUUGCUGAGCUGUGCUAUUAUCUGGACACACAUGGUGUGAGGCGCUCCUUCUCUGCAGGAUGGUGCAGUCAGAGAUAGGCUGUGCAGAUCACAGAGACUGCUGACAGCACUGCUGAGGAUAUUCAUUCGUGUU